AUGCCUGUCUGUCCUACUUGUGCCAAUCCCGGUGGCAAUUCGUUAGGAUAUGCUGGGUCGGUGCAGAUAUCGCCUUAUGGGUACACGCCGACUGCAUGGGUGGGCAUCCUCAUGGUCGUCCUCUUUGUUCUGACGACGGUUUUGCAUUUCUUUCAAGCUCUACGGUACCGCAUGUGGUUUUUGGCCGGGACCGCGGUUGUCGCGGGCAUCCUAGAAGCUGUCGGAUGGGUAGGACGAUUGUGGGCGUCGUACGACGUACUUUCGCACAUGGCCUUCUCUAUGCAGAUCAUUUGCACGAUUAUCGGACCGACUCCGCUCAUUGCCGCCAACUUCAUUAUCCUUGGGCACGUCAUCCGCCGCCUCGGGCAGCAGUACAGCCGGUUGAGUGCACGACGGUAUACGAUCGUCUUCGUCAGCUGCGACAUCAUCUCGCUUAUCGUACAGGCUCUGGGCGGCGCUGCUGCCGCCGCUGCUGUGAACAACAACAAGAGCCCGAAGGGCGGUAGCGACAUCAUGCUGGCUGGCAUCAUUUUCCAGACUGGCGAGUCGCACAUUUCGAUGUGGCCGUUAGUCUUAACUCAUUGUCUUCUAGUUGCUAUCACAUUCUAUGUUGUCCUCGCCGCCGAGUUCUUCCUGCGUUGCUUUAAAGACUGGCCGAUACGCGGCCGUGCGGUCAUCAAGACCGGGUACGUCUUUGAGAGUAAGAUGCAGCAGAUGGUCGCGGCCUUGGUAUUCAGCACAUCAGGAAAUAACCCACCUGAGAAUUACCGUAAACACUGAAGAAUCAUCAAGCUUUCGCGGUAAUAUUGAGUUUUACCUCGUAUCUGAUAAACCGCAGAAAUAGCCAUGUCCAGCCUCGUCGAGUCAGAAUUACGAGGUUUCUCAGGCAGUAGCUGGACAUUACUUGGUGUUUCUGCAUACAAUGCAGGUACUAUUCAGCUCUCCUGACCAUAUUC